CAGAAAAUGCGUACCGGACUGAUUGUGAUGGCCUUAAUGGCCUUUACGGCUACCGUCGGUGUGAAUGAGGUCGCUGGACAGAACAUCGUGCUGGACGCUAUCAUGCGCCGCAUUCUGGAGAACUUGCGUGAGCUGAUGCGCACGGGAAACCCGGACUCCGGUAUGCCGGUGUUGGCACCGUACCACAACCCGGACCUCUUCAUCAAUGCCAGCUUCGGGGGGUUACUCGACUUUGACGCACGCUUCACCCCGAUGAACAUCGUCGGGCUGGAUACGUUCACCGGCCGGCUGCAGGUCGAGCUGGCGACGCUGCGCUUCCCGUUCGAGUUCAACUUCGCGGAGCUGACUGCGAACGGGUUUUACGACGCGAACGGGCGGCUGUGGGGUUUGAUACCGAUCUUCGGCAUCGGUGAUUUCUUCGUGCGUCCGCGCAACGUCGUCGCGACCGGGUUUGCCACCAUCACCGAUAACGGCCACGGUUUCCUAAUGCUGUCCGACUUCUCGAUCAGCCUGCAGAUCGGUUCGCUCGAAAGCAACAUCCAGGGUUUGCUGCUCGGCGGCGAUCUGUCGAACCUGCUCAACGCCGUGAUACAGGACAUUGUCCCGUCGGUGCUGCGCAACUUCCCGGAGGGUAUGACGAACCUGCUGAAUGCGCUGGUCAUCCCGAUCGCGAACCGCUUCCUGGCCACCCGCACGAUGGAGGAUCUGAUGGGUUUGCUGUUCCCGUAA